UUAGAGUACGAUGAAUGUUAUGUUGGCAGGCGUUUAUUGAAGAAAAGGAUACUAUUUUUGUGAACUGCGAGAAGAAUGUGACAACGAGUUAUAAUUCAUCUUCUAAAGACUUACGUGCCAAUAUAUAGAAAAUAGUAUCGUACAAACCGGCCAGUUGCUUUGGGUCAGUCCGACACUGAACUCUGAACUCAAGUCUCAACUGAUGAUGCCGAUGACGGAGAAGUGAUAGUUUUAAGAAUCGUCUGCAAUAUUCAAGAAACCAGUUCAAUAUUAUCGAUUUUCAUUUUCACGAGAACAUGUGCAAUGUCGUUAAGACUUUAGGAAACAUGAAUUAACGUAGGCAAUUUACGUUCAUGAAGUUUUUUUUUUACCUUUACUGGACCAUGAUGAUCACCAUGCUGAACCUGAAGUGAACUGAAAUCAUCAUCAAAUCCCAAAUCCAAAUACUUUAAACCAUCGCAUGAAAUAGUCUGAUAUCAUCAUCAUGCUGUAUUAAUAAUUGAUUUUUUCCUGUUUGACUAAUAAGAUAAAAUUCUGCCUUGGCAAGUUUACCCAUCACAGUGACCCCGUAAUUAAAUUGGACACACAUAAAAUUUUAUGAUAAAACACAAGAUAAUUAAUAUCUUAAAAAGUGUGUAAUAAUAAUUAACAUUUUAAAAUCAUAACAAUGUCUUUAACAGUGGCUCUGACAGGCUUUGUCUGUAUUUGUUUCUAUGGAAUUGUGAAAUUUUUAAAUCUAGCUAGUACCUGCUCACUCCCUGAUCUGUAUGCAAAAGAUAAAACCUCAACAUUUGUAAGCACGAUAUUGGCAUCAUGUCCCAUACUAAUGGAAGCGUAUAUGCCUCCUCUAUUAUGGGGUAAGAGUGGUCAUCUCCAAACCAUUAUCUAUGCUAAAAUGGGACGAGUAAAAUCGCCUCUACCCCAAGGAGAAAGAAUAGAAAAGAUCAUGGCUGAUCAAGCUACCAUGUCAUUUGAUGUAUUUCAACCACAGAGUGUUCAUCCUACAGAAAAAGAUUUUACCCUUGCUGUAUGUCCAGGUAUAGCUAACAGUAGUGAAAGUUUAUACAUUCGUACAUUGGUAGACCAUGCACAGAAAAAUGGCUACAGGGUGGCUGUAUUGAACCAUCUUGGUGCCUUGAGAUAUGUUCGGUUGACAGCACCUAGAAUAUUUAAUUAUGGAGAAACCGGUGAAUAUAAUAGUAUGAUAGAUGAGAUAAUUAGAUUAUAUCCUAAUACGACUAUAAUAGCUGUGGGCUGUAGUAUGGGAGCUAAUAUUGUAUUAAAAUAUCUUGGAGAAGAUAAAAGUCAUGAGAAAAAAGUAAUCGGUGCUUUGUCUUUAUGUCAGGGAUAUGAUGCUAACGAUGCCAAGCCUUUAUUACUGAGUUGGGAAUCAGGAAGAAGAAUGUACAGUUAUUUUAUGGCAGUUAAUCUCAGGAAUCUUAUUAAACACCACAAAGAUAUUCUACUAGGAAAAGAAGCUAUAGCUAGAUAUGGGCCAUUUGAUGAAGAUGCUAUCUAUGCCUCUUCAUCUCUCUUAGAUAUUGAUGUAUCUUAUAGCCUAAAAACAGCUGAAUUUAGAAACUAUCAAGAAUAUUAUCAUUGGGCAAGUUGUAAACAAUAUCUGAAAGGAAUUGAGAUACCAUUAAUUAUUUUAAAUGCUAAAGAUGACCCUAUUGUUCCACCAGUAUUAUAUGAGACGGCAAAGAAAUAUGUUGAAUCAAGAGAUAAUUGUAUAUUUUUGACAACGGAUCAUGGUGGCCAUCUUGGAUAUUUUGAAGGAGGAAUAUUAACGCCUAAUACUAUAACAUGGUUAGAUAGAGCUGUGGUGGAGUUUUCACAUGCUCUCUGUCAAAUACAUUUAAAAAAUCAUAUAUAACAAUUAUAUAGGUCCCAACUAGGUCCCAACUAUGUCUUCACAAGUUGAUUUACAAAUCAUGAUUUUGCUUAUCUCCAAUUACAGAUCUGACAGUCUGUAUUUUUAAUUUCUUCAAUUUCUCAAAAUAAAACAUCUAAUGUAAGGGAUACUGUUAUUAUUUUAUAAAAGCAACUGGCGUUCAGUCUUUGUACAGAGCUAAAACAUCCUAUAUUAUUGCCAUCUAUUGAACCUCAGUAACAUAUAUAUAUUUGUUUAGAUCAGACAACGUAAUUGAGUGAUAAACAAUGGGAAUUGUUUGGGAAUACAUCAGGUAUUGGAGUUUUAAAAAAUUGUGAAAAUAAAGCAUUUUAGUAUUUGUAGCUCAUAAAUGUAUAGAAAAUCUGAGAGAAAUUUUGACCCAUUGUGCUGGUUGAAGAAAAAAUAAAUACAAUCAUUGAUAGUAUAACCUGUAUAAUUUAUGAUGUAAAACGCACAAGAAAAAUGAUGAUUUGUAUUUAAUGUGAUGGAGACUAUAGAUAACUAUAUAUUAUAUAUAUCUGUGAUGGAGAAUAAUGUGUCUUUCAAUCUCUUUAACUGUUUCUGUCCAGUUCUCUUAUUGAUAAUAAUAUAGAAAAUUUUUAAUAUAUUAUUUUACCAAUCCGAGACGGUUGCCAAAAUUUUAUUGCCUCUACUUUAUUUCUUUAAUUUCAUUGACUGUGGGUUGAGUAUUCGUUGACUAUGGUACUUUAUUUUAUGAAAUGCAGUAAGUAAAAUAGAGAUUCUUUUAUUUUCUUAUUACUCUUUAUUAUCCACUUGUAAAUUAUUACAUUUCUUCCUACAUGCAGAAUAUUGCGAUUUUUAAAAAUUAUUUUUUCUUUGUUACUGAUUAUAUUAAAUUUAUGUUAUGUAAUUUUUAAUAUAUUAAAGCUAUGUUCUGUAAAGUUUAUCUUUAUUUGCUUGAAGGAGAAACAAACUCCUGACUGUAUGAAGUUAAUCACCUUAUACUUUUAAUGUUGAUGUAUAAAUUAUAGUUUAUGUUAAGUAAUUUUUAUACGCCCACAUUGAAAUGUGGUCGUAUAUUGUCGUCGCCCCCAUCUGUGCAGCGUCCUGGACGCUCUAGAGGCUAAAGUUAAUAUCCGAUUGACUUUAAAUUUAUACACACAGUGUUUAAGGUCAUGAGACAAAGAAGCCUAUUGAUUUUCACCGUUUUCUGAUAAUUACUGCCAGAGUUAUGACCCUUGAUCACUUUGAAAAAUCUUGUGGACGCUCUAGAGACUAAAGUUAUAUCCGAUUGACUUGUUUCUCUUAAUCAGAUUUUAGUGUAUUAUAAAUGUUUCAUUACCGACAAAAGUAAAAAUAUGCAACAACUCUUGUUGACUGCCCGUACAAUUUAGCUGCUGUCACAAUUUUUAUCCGAUUUUGUUGAAACUUGAAAUGUAAGUCUAUAACCCAAAGAUCUCGGUUCUUUUCGAUAUUCGCGCAUAUCGGACCGUAAUUUCCUGAAUUAUGGCCCCUGAUUGUACGAAAAAUCGCAUUUUUAGCUUGUGGACCCUAUAGAGGUCAUAAUUUUUAUCCGAUUUAAAAAAAACGUAUUAUUAUAUCACCGUUACACCCUAAGGACGACUGAGUUUGAAUUUCGUGAAAAUCGGCCCAAAAUGGCCGCCGUUCGUUCUGGAAUAGCAUAAGAAUAUGUUAUAUCAAGUUUGUGGACCCUAUAGAGGUCACAAUUUUUAUCCGAUUUUGUUGAAACUUGAAAUGUAAGUUUAUAACCCAAAGAUCUUGGUUCCUUUCGAUAUUCGCACAUAUCGGACCGUAACUUCCUGAAUUAUGGCCCCUGAUUGUACGAAAAAUUGCGUUUUUAGCUAGUGGAUCCUAUAGAGGUCAUAAUUUUUAUCCGAUUUAAAAAAACGUAUUAUUAUAUCACCGUUACACCCUGAGGACGAUUGAGUUCGAAUUUCGUGAAAAUCGGCCCAAAAUUGACAGACAAAAUGGCUGCUGUUCGUUCAGUUGCUUUCGAUAUAUGCGCAUAUUGAAUUGUAAUUUCCUGAAUUAUGGCCCUUGAUAGUAGGAAAAAUCACUUUCUUGUUAGCUUGUUCUCUAGCCAUCUCUCGAAAAUGUGGGCGUAUCCUGCCUGGCAGCCGCUGGUUAUACUAGCACAGACAACUUUACUGCUGGUGGGCAUAUUGUGGGACAAACAAUCCCCAAUGUAUGUUGAAAUGGGUUGAAGUUAUUGAUUUUGAUAUUAUUUUGUGUUUGCUUAAAGACAAAACACUCACAUAUUUUAAAAGUCAAUUAUGUGUACAUGUACUAUAUUAAUGUAAAGAUGUGUUAUUAUAUAAUUAAGAACAUCUGAUAACAAAAAAAGAGCUUCAUGAAGACUGGUCUCCCCAGUACAAAAAAUAUAACACAAUUAUUAUUACUGUGUUUUUCUAAGAGAGAUAAAGAUGAUGUGAUAUAAAUCAAUGUAAACUUUAAACUUAGCAUAAUUUAAAUUAGAAUUAAUCAAUUUUGAUUGUGCAUGACAUGUUGGGCUUUAUAUACACAAGUAUAAUUCUGCAGAAUGUGAUGUUCCUAAUGUUAAAAAUAGUAGGUAGUAUUAGACUCUUAGACUUUUGCUCUAAGUAUGUUCAGAAAUUCAGUUAGUUGGAUAAAUAUAUAAUAAAGUUUGGGUUAUUCAUUAAAUGUAUUUAGAAAAAAUGAUAUGUUUGUGUGAUACAGCUAGAUAGGGUAUUUAGAAGAAGAGUUAGUUUGUGUAAAAUGCUAGGGUAUUUAUUUUUCUAUGUUUCAAUGUUGAUCAUAAAUGAACUAUAUGCAAUUACUGUUUGAGGUAAAUUUUGUCAUAGUAUUUUAGCUAUACAUGUGACAUAUAUUAUAUUUUUAUAGUAUUAAUUUAAUUACCAGUAUAUAUUGAGAAUAGAUAUUAGAGUUGUGCCUGGUCUGAUUUUAGUCAAUAUAAUUCUGUAUACAUAAUAUACAUUUUUCUAUGCAUAAAUUAUUCUUGUUUCCAUAGAUAAUAAAAUGUCUUCCUUAUAGAAUAUUAAUGUUACAGCAAAGCAGAUUGCUCAUAAAUGAACUUUUAAUAAGACUGUUUUAAGCGAAUCCAAGCACCAAAAAAAAAAAAAUGCAUAAAGAA